AGGGCCACAAAGCGACAGAAAACGGACGGAAUGGCCACGGGAUAUGACGACCCACACAAGACCCUUCCAUCUGUGGUGGUCCAUGUCCGUGGGCUGGUCGACGGUGUUACAGAAGCUGAUCUUGUGGAAGCUCUGCAAGAGUUUGGAUCAAUCAGCUAUGUGGUGGUUAUGCCUAAAAAGCGCCAGGCACUUGUGGAGUAUGAAGACAUGAACGGAUCCUCCACAGCUGUGACCUACGCUGCAGACAACCAGGUCUACAUCGCAGGACAUCCGGCUUUUAUCAACUACUCCACCAGCCAGAAAAUCUCCAGACCCGGUGACUCUGAUGACUCCAGAAGUGUUAACAGCAUCCUUCUGUUCACCAUCAUGAACCCCAUCUACCCCAUCACAACGGAUGUUUUGUACACGAUCUGCAACAACUGUGGUCCAGUCCAGAGAAUCGUUAUUUUCCGGAAAAACGGUGUCCAAGCAAUGGUGGAGUUUGACUCUGUACAAAGUGCUCAGAGGGCAAAGGCUUCACUCAACGGUGCUGACAUCUACUCCGGCUGCUGCACUUUGAAAAUCGAGUACGCAAAGCCAACUCGACUGAAUGUGUUCAAGAACGACCAGGACACCUGGGACUACACAAACCCCAACCUGGGUAGUCCAGAUGGUGAUGCAGAUGGCAAUGGAGGCAAUGCAGAUGAUGUGAAUGCCAACCCCAACAAGCGCCAGAGACAGCCUGCUCUGCUGGGCGACCACCCUCCAGAGUACGGAGGUGGUUACCACGGCUACGACGAGAGCUACGGAUCCCCGCCCUAUGAAGGCCGACGUAUGGGUCCACCAAUGAGAGGCCGUGGAGGAAGAAGCUACGGCCCUGGAUAUGGACCACCUCCACCUCCCCCAGGAGAAUAUGGCGCCCACGCUGACUCUCCAGUGGUCAUGGUCUACGGACUGGAUCCUGUCAAGAUGAACGCUGACCGUGUCUUCAAUAUCUUCUGUCUCUAUGGCAACGUAGAGCGGGUCAAAUUUAUGAAGAGUAAGCCUGGAGCAGCGAUGGUUCAGAUGGGUGACUGCUACGCUGUGGACCGGGCCAUCACUCAUCUCAACAACAACUUUCUGUUUGGCCAGAAACUGAAUGUGUGUGUUUCUAAGCAGCAGGCCAUUGUGCCUGGACAGUGCUACGAGCUGGAGGACGGCAGCAGCAGCUUCAAAGACUUCCACGGCUCCAGGAACAACCGCUUUGCUACACCUGAACAGGCAGCCAAAAACCGCAUCCAACACCCGAGCAACGUGCUGCACUUCUUCAACUCCCAGCCAGAUGUCACUGCAGAGAUUUUCUCUCAGAUUUGUGAGGACCUUGGUGUCAAGAGUCCAGUCAACAUCAAAAUGUUCACAGGGAAAAGUGGCUCUACCAACAGUGAUCGCAGUGCAUCCGGUCUACUGGAGUGGGAGUCCAUCAAUGACGCCAUGGAGGCCCUGGCCAUGAUUAACCACUUCCAGAUGAAAAACGCAACUGGUCCGUAUCCUUACACCCUCAAACUCUGCUUCUCCACCGUUCAACAUGCCAACUGAACAAAGAAGACAAGGCGUGGUCCACUGUUGUUAAUUUGUACCUCAAUCAAGACUGCUUGUUGCAAAACUGUUUUUUCAAAAGUAUUUAAAGUACUAGGAAAAUACAUUCUUUCACAAUGACAAAUCCCUUUAAAUGACCCAAAAUCUAAAUGUAUAUGGAAUACAAUUAACAGGCAUUUACAAGUUUUGAUAUUUAAGCCCCUUUUGCCAUUUAUAGACAGUGUCUCAUGUGUCUUUAAGUUUUUGUUUUUGUUUUUUUUUUUGUAGUUUUCUUUUUUUUGUAUUGUGCUCGUCCUGUAGCCUAACACGUGAGCUUGUAUUUGGGAAAAACUGUUUUAAUGCUCAGGUAGUGCAGUGGUUUGUAAAAGAGGUGAUGUCUGAAAGUUUUAUUUGAAUUUUUUUUUUUUUUUUUAUUGCUACCAUUUCAGUUCUGUGACAAUUUUGUUUUAAUAAAAAAAAAA